CAAAAUUAAUAACAUACUUAAUCUAUUAUAUAAAGACUCAGUUGAGUCUCUUAUGGAUCUAGAAAUUAAGUAAAAAAAAUUCUUCGUCAACAACUUAUUUUUUUAUUUCUUGAGAAUCAUUUCAAAACUUCUGCCGAAGUGUCUCCUUUAACAAUUAAUUGAUCUCGAAAAUCCAUAGUUAUCUCUCAGAUCACUCAAUCGAUAAUCACUCAAUCGACUCUCUUCUGCUUGCUAAAUUGAAGUAGAGAGAAAGAGAAAGAGAGAUGACAAGCGGAGACGAAUCGAUGACAGAUCUACAAUACUCCUCUGUUCACUCACAUCAUCGCUACUGCCGGCGAGCCACCUCUAGCUGUGUCUAUAUGGCUCUCUCUAGAAACAAGGAUUACUUCUCGAAAUGGGGAGAGAGUGGUGAAGUUGAUCUAAUGGAUGAGCUAGAGCGUCUCAUCAUCUUGACUGCAAGUAAAUGUUUACUUGGUCGACAAGGUCGAGAAAACGCUCAGGCAAAUCAGAGAACGAUACGAUCGGAUCCGAAGUCAUUGGCUUGCUCAUUGCUGCUCUGUUUACAGGACAACACACUAGCUCUAUCACUUCCACAUGGACCGGUGGUCCGGUGCUUAUCUGAUGAAAUACAAGAGUACUUCUCAACUGCUUUGGAUGAGCAGAAGAGGCAGAUUGAGAAACAUGGAGACCAGACUGAUCACGAUAUCUUCUUCGAGAUGGAUGUUCUCUUCCGCUACAUCAAAGAAGUGUUGAGGCUUCACCCUCCAUUGAUCAUGUUCACGAGAGCACAAUUCUCAACUGGGAGAGAAGAGGACAAAGCCGUAGGAGCAUUUUCGUACAUUUCAUUCGGUGGAGGCAGGCACGUGUGUCUUUACCUUCAGAUUAAAACCAUAUGGAGUCAUUUGUUGCGAAUCUUUGAGCAUGAUCUUAUUUCACCUGACUGGAACGCUAUGGUGGUUGGCGUUAAAGGGAAUGUGAUGGUGCGUUACAAGCUGCGCCAAUUGCUUUCCAAGUUGGUUGGUUCUGUGAAUAUGAUAAUCCAAAUGGAGAUUUGA